AUGGCAAUAACAGGAAUAGCCAGUGAAGUGACAUGGUUACUUUACAGAUGUACCUUACCGUGUAUUUUAACCAGGACGAAUACACCAGACAGUAUAAGGGAUACAGAAUCGCAAGUGACUAUUUUAAGAGCACACCAACUUUUAACUGAAAACACGCUUACAAGCAUAAAACAACGUAUAGCUUAUUUACAAAAUCAGAAGUCGGAUGUACACAGCGUUGCUCAAACUAAUCAAAGCUCCAAGACCCGAAGUUCAUCUCAUUCAUCUAUAAAAUCGAAAUUGGCAACAAAGAAAGCCGAGGCAGAGGCAGCUGCCGUGGGCGUAACAUUUGCUCGCAAAGAAACUCAUUUAAAGAAGCAAAGAGCUCAACAAGCUGAAAGGCAAGCGUCUCUCGAGGCCGAAUUGAGUCUUAUUCAACAAGAGAAAGCGGCAGCCGAGACUGCAGCUCAAUUUCACGCUUUUCAAACAAUCACCGACGAGAUCGAUAGUCGCGCUGGUGACUUGCCACUUCCCCAAGAAAAUGCAGUCGACCGCACUCGAGCUUAUGUAGAGUCGAAUGGUGAUCAUUCUUACCAGCGCACAGCAGAUCAAACAGACGCUGACCAUCCUCAAAUUGAACAAGCUGGCCUAAACCCUACAGCACCCAGCUUUACACCUCAGAUAAUACUGGAUCCGAAUUCAAUUUGUGAUUUUUCGUUUAAAGUGAUGUACCCAAGGUACUUCAGACGGGGAGUGUGCCGUAUUCCUUUAAUACGCUAUCAAGUUAAUCGAGUAGGGAACUCUUCUGAUUCGGGAGGUACAACGAAACCCAGUACAACCGGAAACACAUUGCAAAACAUCAAGUUUUCUCAACUCAUUGAAUUUAUCGAACAUAAACAGUCCUUCGGCAACCACCGUGUGAGUAAUCUGUUAGUAAUCUGUAUCAACCGAACUUAG